AUGAGGUUGGAUGCACCUCGCGAUAAUUCUGAAACUGGCAAGAAUGACAAGAAGAUUGAUUCUGAGGAACUUGCUAAUUUUAAAAGUGAUAUGAUUUCAGCGGGUUUCACUAGAGAGGUUCUUGGUUCACUUUGGACUAAUGUCUAUCAGUUUUCUUGGGAUCCUAGCUUUGAGUAUUGGUUUGACGAGCAUCGCAAGUAUUCUCCUGAUUUACGGUUAAUGUCAACUGCUUUUGUGAAACGGGUUAUUCUUUCUAGACUUCGUGAUAUCCCUAAAAAGGCAAUGCCAUUGUCGGAAUUUGCUGGAUAUUUGAAAUUUAGUUGUAUUAUCAAGCUGUACCAUACUCCAAAAUCUAUUUACCUGCGCGUACGUGAGCUUGAAGUUCGCUUUUCUGCUAAAGGGUUAGUUCCUAUUUCUGAUGUCAAUAAAGUGGAUUUUACUAGUUGGCCUGGGCCUAAGAACGAACAGCAUUGGCGAGAGGUAUUGUCGGCUCAUGGGAUGAAGGAGUCAUAUGUCAUUCUCGACUCUGAACCUCCGACUUUUGAAGUUGGGGACAUACUUGCUUAUAAGUAA